UCCAUUACACCAGUGUCUCUUGACCAACUAGGCUAGUUCUCUCCCGUCCGGUGACAAGAAUUCACUCUCAUACUUUCAAGAGGAAGUUAUUCGGAUUUUUUUUUUUUUUGUCAACUCACGCGAUCAGACGUAAAGCUUCUCAUAAUCCUUCGUAUUCUCUCUCUCUCUCUCUCUCUACAAAGUGCUACUUUAACUGAGAUACCAAAAUGUUGUACGUGGACAAGUGUUGCUGUGGGUGUUCCCUGAGAACGGGAACAAUCAUCGUAGCUAUAGUUGAUUUGUUGUUUGAUUUGCUUCAUCCCAUAGCUGUCAUCGGGCACUACAUCGUAGCGAAAGAUGUGGCGGAAGACGAUUCUUGGAUCACCGUUUUCUUCGUGGGAGAACUUAUCAUUGGUCUCGUUGAUUUGGUGUUUUGUGUCCUUCUCAUCGUUGGUAUCCGGAAGGAAUCGGUAACACUAAUCAUGACCUGGUGGUGGUGGUCUGUAAUGCAAAUGGCCCUCCAAGUAGUCUACGGAAUAUUCUUCAUGUUCUAUCACGUGACCAAUGGAGUCAGUAUCGUCGUCUUCUUCAUGAUCGCGGCCUUACUGUUCUACGGGGUGGUGGUCGUCAAGUCAUACGUGACGUCUAUCGAGAAGAGGCGAAAGGUGGCCGACGAGUUACUUCUGUCAGAGAGCGCUCAGUCAGCAGAGUUAUAAAGCCGUUUUCAGAAUUACUGCCCUCAAUUAGAAUUGUAGGGAACCACAGGGAAAGCUCAGACUGCCUUCGAAAUGUGAGGUGUGGUGCUGAGCUGUUGAAGGAUUAAAACUGUACAAGUUUUCAAGAACUAGAACUGUAAAACUUUUCAAGCUUUUAAACUAAAAGUUUUGAAGUGCUGGAACUGUCAAACUUUUUCACAACUUGCAAGUAUCAAACUUUUCCCUAAAACUGUUAAACUUUCCUGUGUUAAAACUGUCAAACUCUUACAUACUAAAACUGAAAAACUUAUCAUUUGCUAGAACUGUCAAACUUAUAACACUUUUUUAUGUGUUAACCGUCAAACUUUUCAAUCCUAGAAGUGUCAAACUGUUAAGUGUGCUAGAACUGUCAAACUUUUCAAGGGUUACAACUGCUUAAUGUCUGUGAGAAAUUCAGUCUCCUGUAGAUAUAUAUAUAUAUAUAUAUAUAUAUAUAUAUAUAUAUAUAUAUAUAUAUAUAUAAUAUAUAUAUGUGUGUGUGUGUGUGUGUGUGUGUGUGUGUGUGUGUGUGUGUGUGUGUGUGUGUGUCCUAAAGCCUCGUCAGGUGUCCAACUAGCAUCGGUUUUCCGAAAAUCGGAAUGUUAUUUUACUCUGAGGAAGUAAUAACCAUAAAUUCUUUGUCAAGACUGUCCAUCCUCUGAAUGUGAAGGAACUGUAAAGUCUUCGUUAAAACUGUGUUAUUGUAAGUCCUAGAAAUAAUAUUCAGCCACAAUAGACCGAUUUCUAAAGCAAGUCGAAUGCAAAUCGUUCAUAGGUUUAAAUAAUCCCUGGAAGUAGAAUCAGAAGCUAAAUUCUUUCCUUGUGAAAUACUUGUUAUUUUCACCUUAACAUUUUUUAUUUUCCUCUGUCGUUCCAUUUGUUCAUUUUUAUAAAUGUAUAUAUUUGCUAGGAAUAUAUAAUGUGUGUUAGUUAAAUCCUGUGGCAUCUACCUCAAAGUAAUAUGACAGCUUUCAAAUAUAAUCUGAUUUAUGUCAAUUUAGAUUCUAAAAUCAUCUUACGUAAGAUUCUCUUAAGUAAAUCUUAAUUGUAUAAAGCAUUCAAUGGCAACAGUAACGAUGAAAUAACAGUUGAAAAAUUUUCUUCAAGAAAACCGUCGCACCGCUUCUAUUAAGAAAACAGUCUGCUUUUUUUUUUUAAUAGACAGGUACAAAUGCUUACAGACGUAACUUGUUGGGAACACAAUGCGAAAUUUUCAAAAUGUGUAAAUGAAACAACAAUGGUGAUAUACCAUGAUAUUACCUUAAAUACAGUAUCCAUAAGGUGCUCUUGUUCCAUAUCCUUAUCGAAAUAGAACCUGUUUGUUUUCUGUUUUUGGAACUACGGGUUAGUGUGUGUGUGUGUGUGUGUGUGUGUGUUAAUGCUUGGUAUAUUCCACAUCUUUGUCUUUAGUUCCUACAUUUAUUCUGUCUGUGCUUCAUUAAAUAUAAUCGGCGAAUAUUGCAUCCUGGAUAAAUCUUGAAUUUUUUAAA